UAUCUCAUCGAUGCGGGCUUGUUUACGGUUCUCCCAUUGGCCCCUUUUACCGGUGAUCCGGGUUUGAUUACUGCGCUCGUAGAGCGUUGGCGACCCGAGACAUCGACCUUCCACAUGCCUUUCGGUGAGGUGACGAUCACUUUAGAGGACGUUGCGACACUGACCGGUCUAGCGAUCGACGGUGAUGCCGUCAUAGUAGACAUACCAGACCAGGACUGGAGGGAUAUGAGUCUUCGGCGGUUAGGAUGGGCUCCUACUGAUCUUGGCGGCGGCGCCAUUAGGAUUGCUUGGCUCAGGGAAACUUUCGAUCAGCUACCGCUUUCGGCAUCACCAGAGACUACAGAGCAGUUUGCACGAGCUUAUGCUCUGUCUCUGCUGGGAGGUGUUUUGUUCCCCGAUCGGUCUGGAGGUUCAGUUCAUCUGCAGUACCUACUUUUGGUGGAUGAUUGCCGCAGAGCGGGGAAGUUUGCUUGGGGAGCAGCUGUCCUAUCCUACCUAUACCGUGAAAUGGGUAGGUCGGCGCUGCAGAUGACUGCGUUUUCUUCUCUAGGUGGUGACCUUGGUGGAUGGUCCGCCUUGCUGAUGCUCAGGGCAUGGGAGUGA